UUGUCUUAGAGUUAAACUGGUUAUUCGAUUGAUUUGAUUAGGUGUCUGAAAGUCUCGUAUUAAGUAUAGCUGUACAUAUUAAAAUGUUUUAUGAAAUGAGAAAAAAACACUGGAAUUAAAAUUGAUUAGAAUGAAAAGAAACCUCUACAAUGGCUGAAGAAGAUGAACUCCAAAGCAUUAGACUGUCAGAAAACGAUGGCGAUAAAACGGGAUUCGCCCUUGUUCAAACAGAUGGACAAACGCCGGAUAUUAUAGUGGAAGAUUACGACACUGGGACUAAACAGUACCAAAGACCGGUACCAAACAUACCAGAUCACAAUGAGUAUACAGACGACACGGAUGAACAGACCCCGCGACUGGUACACGACAACUUAACUGAGGACGAGAAAACAUUUGGAGUUUUACCAACAAAAAGGCCCAGUUACAGCGUCAAGAAUGCCAAGCCGGCAGCUAGAAACUAUUCAGAGGUGUUUACGAAACGGACGCAUCAACCUGAAAGGAUGGCAAGUGUACCAGAUUUGCGGACCAAGCUGGCAACUAGAAGCUCUCUGUCACGCUGCGGUUCACGUGUUCAAGAAGGACCCCGUAUACAGACGGAAGUUGCAGCAGACGACAAGGCGCAUGACUUCCUACGUUGCAUUACACACAAUGAAGAAAAGAGUAGACACCUCCAAGAGAUAAUAGAUAAAAGCCGUUCUAUCUUACAGAAGCACAAAACAAAAUCGAAUGUUUUAAAGCUUAGCUUAAAAGCUUCAGUAUUCGACGAGUCAUACAAGGUUUUAAAAGAAAGAAGAACUAUCCACAUAACCGGGAGACCAGGCGCCGGCAAAACCCAUCUUUCCCUUGAUGUUAUGUCAUCUUUCCUAGAGGAGUUUGAAGACUACAGACCUCUGAUAAUUGAGUCACCAUUCGAAUUAGCAUUCCUCGAAAACACUGCCUCUUGCCUUUUAGUUUGUGCGGACGAUUUGAUUGGAAAUGGAAACAGCCAUGGUCCAGGUGCCAAUGGAUGGCAACACUUCUUGAAGUUCGUAACACCGCUAAUUGAAAGAAAGAGAAUGUGUUUCAUUUUCACUUCUGAAGGAGCAAACGAAGAUAACUUGACUUAUCAAACACUUUCAUCUAACGGGCUACUUGAUAAUGAAUCUGAAAUUUGUUUAGAAAAUGCCAACUUUGAGUUGACAGAUAAAGAACAGAACAAAAUGCUCACUCUCUACAGUAAGCACUUCUGUAAGCCACUAUAUACAAAUCCGAAAGGAAUUGAGGACAUUGUGCGAGAUUACGAGAGUUCAGUAGGCUUUCCAUUAGUAUGCAACCUAGUCGGAAUCGGGGGUUCGGCAGACCUAUUUUCGGAUCCUUACCAUGCACUGUAUACGUUUGUGUCUGAACAGCAUGAUUAUCAUUUCUCAAGCUUUUUUCUGUUGGUCCUUGUGUUGGUAUCUGAAAAAGAUUGUUCUUUAUUAAAGUUUCAGCAUGAACAUCAUUCAACGUUUGAAAAACUCUCGGACGUCCUAAAGUCUUCCACGUGUACGCAUUCAGAUGUGUCCAUAGGUUUGACCACACUGAAACGGCAAAAUAUUCUUAACGAAGAAGAAUCUGGGGAUAUUAGCUUCACACAUGAAAUAGUUGCAGCAGCUGUUUUAAGUUACGUGCUUUCAAACUACGACAAAGAGGAGGUGAUACCAUUGUUGCCAGUUAAAGUGAUUAAUGAAGUGAUGCUCCUGCCAGGCAGAUACAUUCAAAACUUCAAUGGAAAUGGACAAUUAUUUAAAAAUAAGAUUGAAACCUCUACAGUGGCUCUCAGAGCAAUUGUUUCACAUUUCAGCGACAUUCUUGAUUCCAAGCGACCCAGCGACUUUUUAAAGGUGGCUUCAUCACCAAUUUGGAUGCUUGAAUCUUUUGUAGACAUAGUCUUUUCCGUGCUGGGCUUUCAGUUCUUUUUUGUUGAAGAUCGUAGCAGAACGCCACUAAGUGUCUAUCUGGUACGUAUAGGAAACGUUGAAGCAAUUUUUAAGCUGGUUGAUUUCAUGCUGACAAAACCGCGGCAAAUAGUGUCUAUGAUGAGCUCAACUAUUGAGAAAACAAAAGAAGAAGCGUGUCGUUGUAACGAGCAGGAGGUUUUGGUUCAUUUACUCAAACUGUCUAACGUUAAAGACUUGCCCUUAGUACACGCAGCAAUAGAAGGAGGCUACAUUGAUAUUCUGAAGCUGAUAUGGCCUACAGAUUCAAAUGAUACACAGUUUGUUUCAAAAGAAAUGCUACAGAUGGCAUGUCAGUACGGAAAUUUUGAAGUAAUGAAAUAUUUAUUCAGUAAACUGGAAACCAGGCUUGAUAGUAGUACUUCUAAACUGAUUGAAAUGCGCAGACAAAAUAGCAAAGGAGAAACAUUGCUUCACUUUGCAGCUCUUGGUGGGAAUGUUUCAAUAUUUGAAUUUCUUUUAGACCAAAGAUGUGACUCGACAGUUCGCACAUACGAGGGAAACACCGUACUUCACAUAGCUGCGAUGUUUGGUCGUUUCAAAAUGGUGCGCUUUAUUUGCUCACGGUUCCCAGAAUUGAUACAAGAAAAAAAUAAUCUGGAGUUUACAUGUGCACAUUUAGCAGCCAGAGAAGGCCAUGGAGAUGUUCUACAGAUCCUUGUAUCAAGGGAAUCGAACAUUACACAGCAAGUGAAGGGAGGAAAUACUAUUCUUCAUCUUGCAGCAGCCAAUGGGCACUCUGAAAUUAUCAACUUUAUGCUAGUUGUCUGUCCGGAUCAGCAAAAUGUGAUAAAUGAAAAGGGUUUAAUGCCUGUCCAUGUAGCAAUAAAACACGGAAUGUUAGAAGCAUUAAACAUGUUUUUGAAGUCAGGGACGAGUAUUCAAACAAAAACAGUCGACAAACGAACAUUUUUGCACUUGGCUGCCUAUUACGGAAAACUUGAAGUUGUUAAGUACCUUUGCACCAGGAAACCAGAAUUGAUGAAGGAAUUGGAUAUAGAAGGCAAUGCUGUUGGACACGAUGCAGCUGCAAGUGGAAACGUUCCUGUGAUGAAGUAUCUGAUCGAAAAAGGAGUUGAUCCUCUUUCGCGAAACAAAUUUGAUACGACAUUGCUCCAUGAAGCUAGUUUUCACGGACAGUCCGAGAUGGUUAAAUAUUUGACGGUCAAUAACCCUACUUUGCUGAGUAUUGUCAAUGAAUCCGGUUAUACUGUGCUUUUUGGGGCGGCCAUACGUGGUAAUAUAGAAAUACUAAAAUUCCUUAUUGACAAUGGCGUUGAACCAAAAGUAGCAUCACUAGACGGCAGUACUGUUCUGCACGAAUCUGCGUAUUGCGGAAAGCUUGAAGUCGUUCGCUAUCUUUGUACAAAUUACCCGGAACUAACAGAAGCCCGAAAUAGCAGAUCAUACAUGCCGUGCCAUUUUGCUGCACAAGAAGGGCAUUUGGAAGUUCUAGACGUUUUACUAUACGGAAAGACAACACCGUUACCAACUACACAGGAAAAUCAGACAUUGCUGCAUAUAGCCUCCUUCAACAAGAUGGUGCCAGUUGUGAAAUAUCUCUGCAAAAGAUUUCCGGCAAUCAUUUCUUGCGUUGAUAAUGAAGGAUCAUUAGCAACCCACUACGCAGCAAGGGGAGAUAGUAUAGAGAUUCUUCAAUUGUUAAUAGAUCUUGGAAUAAAUCCUGACUCCGGGACAAACUCCGGUAGCACGAUCCUCCACUUAGCAGCGUAUGACGGUAAUACCAACAUGGUUAAAUACCUAUGUGACACAUUCCCACAUCUUAUCCAUGUUCUGGAUUCAACUGGUUAUAGUGCAGUUCACUACGCAGCUAGUAGCGGGGAAGUACCACUGCUCUUGAAUAUCUUACAAUACGGCAUUGAUCCGUUAAUACGUUCUAGUAAUGGAAGUACGCUACUACUGAAGGCAGUGUAUAACGGGAAACGCGAAAUGGUUCAGUACCUGUGUACUGAAUACCCAGAACUUAUAUCUAAAACUGAUGCUUUUGGGUGCAACGUCCUGCAUUAUGCAGCUUGCGAAGGAAAUUUUGAAAUAAUACAGUAUAUGAUAGGGAUGGGCGUUAAUCCGGAGUCACGAACAAAUGAUGGACAUACUAUAUUACAUGUAGCAGCCUUUCAUGGCCAACUGGAAUUAGUUCACCGUAUAUGUCACGAGUAUCCUCGCCUCCUGAACAUGGAAGAUAAUAGUGGCAAAACAGCAGAGGAUGUCGCAACGGAACAUAGGAAAACAAAGGUAGUAGCUCUGUUACGGUCAUUACACACGAAGGACCAACAUGAGACCGAAUUACUCUCUGAUAUUUGUUGCUGCGCAGAAACAAAUGUCUGCGAACGGAUAUUACGCGUCCUUGGAAACAUUAUCUGUUGUUGCCGACGCAGUUAAAACAUGGGUCAUUGUACACAAUUAAAACUUAUUUAGAUUGCUAAUACAAUUUGCAAGUUGCAAAUAGUUAGCAUUUUUUGCCAAAAGACCAACAAAGGAAGUAAUGUGCAAAUACUUAAAGACCCACCACAACCUAGUGACCUACUUAUUCCUCUCACACGAACUCCGUGAAUAUAAUUCUAGUAAUACUGGUAUGAUACAGCUAAACUACAAGAUGACAGGUGACAGGCCCUCCCUCUAUUAAUAUGCUUUUACAAAUUCAUCUUCAAAAUUAUUCAGUCAAUCUCUUUUCAGUAUAGUUUUAACAUAUUAACGUUAAAUGAUGACAUGUAUGUGUAAAAUCAUAUUAUAAGUGAUGUAAAAAUACUAAAAUUAAUUCUAAAAAUUUACAUUUUGUUUAUUGAAUGCUCAAUUGAAAUGUUUCGGCAUGACAUUGUUUGUAGCGUUAAAAGUUAAAAAUGUAAUUUAAUGAAUAUUUUCACAGUGGAAGUAUAUAUGAUUUGCUUUUUAUAAGCUAAUAAAUAAUAAAA